CAGGGGUUCAAGACAGUCUACACAGGGAUACAUCACGUAAGGGAAAUACAGGAUUAGGGCAUAGUGGAGCGGAUUUAGGUGUUGUAUAGGCUAUCUGAGAGCUUUGGAGCAGUUGAAGUGAAUGUUUGUACCCGCUGCGAGCACAGGUUUUUAUUCAGUAAUUACUUUAUUUUAAAGGGCAUUUCCAGCAGUGAAAGUCCACUUUUCCUUCUUGGAGACAAACACUGAGAGAAACUAGUCAAGCGCGGAGAAAGUUUGGAUUGUGACAAAGUUUUCGGACUGCGUACGACCUCAAGAAGAAGGGGGACAUCCAAGAUGCGCACUCUGUUUCUACUGGUCCUGUCUUGCCUCCUGUGCGCCGGACGCUCGCAGAAAUUCUCUGCCCUCACGUUUUUGCGAGUGGAGCAGGAUAAGGAGUGCAACAUGGACUGUUCGAGCCCCCAAGCCGCCAGGCGCUCGGACGGACGAUGCUCACCACCUCAGCGAAGUUCCUCCAGCGUGGCGUCAGCGACCCAGCUGGAGGUCAUCCGUGGGCCGUGCAAAGAUGCGUCGAGGUGCGUGGCUGAAAAGAAAUAUACAGAGCAGCAGGCCAAGAAGCUUUUCCCACAAGUCUUUGUGCCUGUAUGCAAUCCAGAUGGCACAUAUAGUGAGGUCCAGUGUCACAGCUACACAGGUUACUGCUGGUGCGUCACGCCCAAUGGCCGCCCCAUCAGUGGCUCAGCUGUGGCCAAUAAGAAGCCCAAAUGCCAAGGGUCCAAGCCUGAAAGAAGCAAUCCGCGAGAGCCAGCCAAAGGAGCAGUUGGUUGCGUCCACGCAUCCUGUGGUCACCUGUUCCAGCUUGCCAGCCAUGAGUCGGAAGGCCUCGUCGUGGAGCCGCAGCCCUCGGUCGACGAGGAAGAUAUUUCACAGUACCCAACCCUUUGGACAGAACAGGUCCGCAGUCGGCAGAACAACAGGACCCGAACACAAGCCUCCUCCUGUGACCAGGAGCAGCAGUCUGCACAGGAGGAGGCGCGGCAGCACAAGAACGAGGCCGUCUUCAUCCCUGACUGUGCCCACGGAGGUCUCUACAAGCCCGUUCAGUGCCACCCCUCCACCGGCUACUGCUGGUGCGUGCUGGUGGACACUGGCAGACCCAUCCCGGGCACCUCCACACGGUACGAACAACCAAAAUGUGACGGCAAUGCCAGAGCUCAUCCAAACAAACCCAAGGACCACUACAGGAGCAGACAUCUUCAGGGAUGCCCAGGCGCAAAAAAGACGGAAUUUCUGACAAGUGUUCUGGACGCCUUGUCCACAGACAUGGUGCAUGCGGUCACAGAUCCAGCCACGGCUGGCAGGAUGUUGGAGCCUGACCCUAGUCACACGCUUGAGGAGAGGGUAGUCCACUGGUACUUCAGUCAGCUGGAUAAGAACUCCAGUGGUGACAUCGGCAAGAAGGAGAUCAAGCCCUUCAAGAGGCUGCUUCGCAAGAAGUCCAAGCCCAAGAAAUGUGUGAAGAAAUUUGUGGAAUACUGUGACAUCAGCAACGACAAGGCACUCUCCCUGCAAGAGCUGAUUGGAUGCCUGGGGGUCACAAAGGAAGACGGUGAGGCACAAGGACCUAAAACAGGUGAUGGCACAACUUCUAGUAAACUGAACACCUCUAAGAAGCAAGGUUAAAGCAGCAACAGAGAUUCUCCCUGCCCUUAAAUUCUACCCCCACCAAAUGGCAAUGGAAACCAUAGUAUUUGCACUUUGUACUUUAAAAAAAAAAAAUGUAAAUUCACUUUGUAGAGAUGAGGUAUUUAAACCAACUGCUGAAUCUGUGAAUGACAUAGUUAGCUUUUUUAUGUCUUAAAAAAAUGAAAACAAAACAAAAAUUGAUCAUUUAACACAUACAAUGUAUGUGUCUUUUGUGUGUCGUAAAAUGUAUGCUUGUAUGAGUUGUACGUGUUGCAUCUGAUUCCACACAUGUGGCUCAAUUGCUUCCCUUGUUUAUUAGUGUUUAUACUGUAUGUUUACGCAAGUGUAAAUUUAGUUUGUCCUUAAGACCCAGACAGAGCCUGGAGUCCCAUCGCUACUCAUUUGUACUGACCAAGCCUGCCCGUCCUUCCCCAUCUCCUGAUUGCUGUUUAUACUGUACUAUGUGUGUCUAUUAAACCUGGAUGGUCACAGAAGUCUAUUUGUUACAACCAGAUUCAUGUUUAUUAGAAAAUCAAGAAGUUUUGUUUUUAUACUUUUUUUUUGUAUUCCCUACAAAAUAUACAUUAAUGUAUGUAUGAUACUUUUGGUCUGUGAAUGUCUUUUUCCAAAUAAAUAAAAAAAUGAAGAUUCAA